AUGUUGACAGAUUUAAAUCAAUUAGAAAAAGAAUUAGAAACACUGAACAUACGUGAAGAAGUUCUAAAUGAUGAACUAUCCGUUUUACUCUCAAAUCAAGAUUCGACUGAAAAGCAAAUAACUACGAUUAAAAAUCUCACACCAGCAUUACAAAUCAUCACACAAGAUGCACAUAAUCUAUCGAACACAAUUACAUUUACCGCAGCAUUGGCAGAUAAUAUUAGUAAAAAAGUUCGAGAAUUAGACGUAACAAAGAGACACGUUGUGGCUUGUCUUCGACGAGCAAAUGAUAUCAUCGAUCUGAAAAAAUGCACAGAUGGUGUGAAGAAGGCUUUAGAAUUCGAAGAAUACGAGCAAGCUGCUGCUCAUAUUCACCGAUAUUUGAAUAUCGACCCAGCUUCACUUCAAUUGAGUAGUGAUCCAACUGAAGGUUGCCCAUCGAUUAUUUGUUUCCAUCUGGCUAAAUUUUUCGUUUUAGGAAGUAGUCUUCAUCAUGCUCUGCUCUCUCUCGAAGAAGCAAAGGCGAAAUUAAUCGAAAUCGUAAAUGUCAAAUUCGAUCAAGCAGUCGAAGCUGGUUAUUUACCAGAUGCUAUGCGUUUCUUUAAAAUCUUUCCUUUAUUGAAACUUGAUCAAGUUGGAUUGGAAAAAUUUUGUAAACAUCUUUGUUCGGAGAUCAAGGAAUAUGGUGAAAAGACUCUACAAGCGACUCUGCAAAUACCGUUUAAUCACAAACGAUAUCCAGUCCGAUAUUCGGAUCAUUUGAAAACUUUCUUAGAUUUUAUUGCGACGAAGAUCGAAAGUUGUCAACCGAUUGUUGAGAGCUACUACGGUCCGGGAAAACUAUUUAACUUUAUUUCGAUGCUUCAGUCUGCGUGUGAUAAACAAGUGGAGAAUGCAAUUCGUUCUUUCAAAUCUGAACGUCAGUUCGAUACGAUCUACCGACGAAUUCAACAUUCAUCGUCAUCGAUGCAACGAACACUUGCAGGAACGUCGACGAAUCUAAUGCCGAUGGAUUCAACAACAACAGAUAAAACUGAUCCUAGAGAAUUAGACGAUUUCCUCACUGAAAUUACUUUAAUUAAUGCAACUUGCGAAGUUUAUAUACGUUUUAUUCGUCGACGAUUGAAUGCAGAUUGUGAAUUAGCUUUUCCAUUGGUUGAUAACGCGAAAACCAAUGAAUGUGUAGAACAAUUGAAAAAAAUCGAACGAUUUCUUAAUGAUUCUGGUCUAAAUGGAAUCUUACAUUCAUUUAUCCAGCAAUAUAUUCUCAUUGAAGAUUAUUUCAUGCGUGAAAGCAUUUACAAAGCUAUUUUACUCGAUUCACCGAAUAUGGUUGAUGAUGUGUUCUUCAUUCUACGAAAGUGUCUCAAACGUUCCGUGUCGACUUCAAAUGUCGAUGGUAUAUGUAAUAUGUUGAAACAUGCUGUUAGUAUCCUUGAUUCUGUGUAUCGCGAGCAAUUGUACACUCGAUUGAAGUCCGGAUAUCCAUCUGGCUUUGAUCUAUCGCAAGCAUAUACAGUUAUUCAAUCGAGUAUUCAAUUAGGUAAAUUACAAGGCAGUGAUAUUGAAAAAUUGAAACAAACAUUUUUAUCGACAUUUGACAACGUGGAAAUUACACAUGAAAAUUUACAUAUUUUGAAAAAUUUACUAGAAGAAGAAGUAAAAAGGAGUUUGAUAUUGAAUGAGGAGACGCGAACCAAAGUCGAUACUCGUCUAAAUGAAUUUAAUUCAUUGGCCAAUCGUUUUAAAGAUUUAAUUGAAUUCGCGUGUCAGCAGUUAUGUUCAAGUGCGAUUAAACCACGAAUUAAGACAUUAUUAGAUGCUUAUAUAACCAUGAAUCAUAAAUUAUCAGAAGAUGAGUAUUCGCAAUUUGAUGCCAAUGAUCCAUUUAUACAAAAUUUUAUUCUGCAAAUCGAUCAAUUAUUUGUUUCGUUCAAAGGAGCACUUAGGAUAGGUAACUACGAUCGACUGAUCAGUGCAUCGACGAAUGAAAUCGUGACAAUGUGGGAGAAAGUGCUGUCGAAAUGUGGAUUCAAUCGAUUGGGCGGCCUUCAAUUCGAUAAAGAAGUUCGCUCAUUGAUGACAUAUUUGACAAGUGCCACUAGUCUUCCUAUUCGUGAUAAAUUCCAACGUCUUACACAAAUAGCGACAUUACUUACAUUGGAAAAAUUAAAAGAAAUUUAUGACUAUUGGGAUCCAACUUCGGGCAAAAUUACUUGGCGUUUAACACCAUCGGAAGUGCGACAGAUUCUUAGUUUAAGGACGGACUUUCGUAGUGAUGAUGUUCGGGCAUUGAAACUGUGA